UAACAAAAUCCAGCCUCUGCUUGCCAUUUAGAAAUCUCAAACAAAAAACAGGAGGAAGUUAAAGUUGUGAUGCAUACAGCCUGUUCUUUAUGGGGACUAACUUCCUGCUAUACAAGACCACAAACACAGACCAGCUUUCCGUCUCUUGAGCUGCAGGUGGUUGAGAAACGGCGAUGUUGUGAUAUUGAGAGUCGACAGUGGAGCUUUGGACGCAGGCUGACAGUUGACAGGGAGGAAUCCAUCCUUUCACUGGAGGAGAGUUUACCACAACCUGUUUUACAUGCCUUCCCUCAUCACUGCACUCUUCUCAUGUUUUUACAUCUGCAGCUCUGACAUUGCAUUAUUAAUCACUGGUAGGGAGAAGAUCCAGGGUGGUAACCCAGACUGAACAGAAACCUGUUCAUAAUCUCUGGAUCAACUCGGCUGUAGGAGCAAACCUGAGACGCAACAGUCCCAAGAAACCAGAAAAAUACCAGCUUAUUGCAACAACCUUGAUUACUGUCCACAGAAGAAAGUAUUUUCAUUCCCUUUGUAUCUGAGGUAUCUGAUCCUGUAGAUAAAGAUUCUAAAAAAGCACUGACAUGUUGAGAAUGUGGAAUAUCCUGCAAACAACAACACUAUGAGUCAUUUUCAAAAACCAUAAGUGGCACAGAGAAAUAAUUACAGGCGAGGGACGGGUGUCAGUCUCCUCCUACGUGUGGAUGAGGCGGGAGAGCAAAGGCUCCCAGAUAUAAAUAUCAGCUUCAAGAGAGCUCAAAGCUGCUCUGACUCUUCAGGACAUCACUCAAGACUUCAAGGAAACACCCUGAACAAGCCUCUCAGACCACAAACAGAAUGGCAGAUGAAAGCUUUCUGCAGGAGUUCCUGGAAACACACAAUGCCUACAGGGAGAAGCACAACGCACCAUUAAUGCAGUACAACGAUGAGAUGAACGCCACGGCCCAGGAAUGGGCUGAUCACCUGCUGGCAGCCGGCGUCUUUGAGCACAGCAGCACAAAUGAUGGAGAGAACAUCUAUAACAUGUUCAGCUCUGUGGCCAUCGAACUGACAGGUAAAGAAGCUGUAGACUCAUGGUACAGUGAGAUCAAGGAUUACGACUGGAGCAACCCUGGAUUCAAAGGAAGCACGGGUCAUUUCACUCAGGUGGUGUGGAAGGCAAGCACUGAGCUGGGAGUGGGCAUGGCCACCGACGGAAACAAGGUGUUUGUGGUUGGACAGUACAGGCCGGCUGGAAACAUGAACAUGCCCGGAUACUUUGAGGAUAAUGUCCUCGAAGAAGGUGAUGCUGUGUGCAUGAUCCAGAUAUGAUUCCAAGACUCACCUUCUUCUCACUGCAGCAGCAUAUCCUCUAUCAGUUACAGGCCUCAACUGUAUUUACUGUCACUUUCCAGAGUAAAGGCUGUGCAUUUUACAGCUGGCAGAGAGCCGGGUGGAACAGGCAAGCCAAGCAGCGACGGAGGAGGAGGAGGAGGAGGGAGUCCGAAGAAAACCUGCACACUCCUGUAGAAGACCUGAACAGUCCCUGCAAAC